GCUUCCUGUCCGGCUACUCGGACGCCCCGAAGCCCCCCGCGCCUGUGGAGCCUCGAGCAGAAGCCUGGCCCCUGGAAACCCACGCCACCCGGGGGAGGGUCGCGCUGCCUGGUCAUGCCUCGGGGGGCGCCAUGGACCUGAGGCAGGGGUGUUCUUUCGGCAGAUACUACCCCGGUCCGUUUCAAGGCUAUGAGCACAGCAAGCGCAGGCACCAGCAGCCGGAGCCAGGAUCUUAUCCUCAGAGUUUCCAGCUUCAGCAAAUAGAGUUUCUCAAGGGGCGGCUCCCAGAAGUGCCCCUCAUCGGACAGCAGGCACCACCACCACCGUCACCCCUCCUCCCUGAACCCUGGCCACGGUUUCCAGGACCACCUGCCCGAGGCUGGCAGCAGGAGAUCUGGGGGGUCCCCAGGGGUGUGCCUCUCAGGAGCCAGGUACGCCCCAGAGGGUUCUGGCCUCCUUCCCCACGCGGCAGGGCUCGGCCGUGGGGCGGUAUUGAUCGGCUGUCCUCACAUUUCCAGGCACUGAGCCUCGGCCAGGAUCAGGAGCAAAGGGUCUUAGAGCUCCUGCAGGAGCGUGGCGAAGGGAAGGCCACCACAGCACAUGACCUGGCUCGGAAGCUCCAGGCCCCAAAGAAGGAGAUCAACCACAUCUUAUACCGCCUGGAAGACAAGGGCGUGCUGCACAGGGAGGCGGGAACCCCCCCUUUGUGGAGCAUUGCCGCUCCCGCUCAGGCUCUGAACCGGCACAGCCGAGCAGCCACAGCAGACGGCUGGAGCCAGGGAGCUCCAGACCCAGUUCCCAGCUGGGAAACCGCAGGCGGGAGCCCCGCGUCCGACUCGGAGGACCCCCCUGAGCCUGCCGACAUGGCCGAGAUCAAGGAAGACAUCUGCAACCACCUGUUUGACGUGGUCAAGUCCUCCGCCCUGAAUUUGGCUAAAAAUAUCGGCCUCUCGAAAGCCCGCGAUGUCAACGCCGUACUGAUUGACUUGGAAAGGCAGGGCGACGUGUACAGGGAAGGGGCAACCCCUCCAAUCUGGUACCUGACGGACAAGAAGCGAGAGAGGAUACAAAUGAAGAGAAGUACGAACAGUGUCCCCGAAGCCACGCCAGCUGCUAUCCCUGAGACCAAAACAGACGCAGAGCUUCCCGCCUGUACCUCACCCGCGCCAGAUGCCUCAAACGAAGCCGCACCAGAUGCCUCAAACGAAGCCGCCACAGAAAAAGUGGAGAAUGGGCAGGAGCCGGUCAUCAAGGCAGAAAGUAGGCCACAGGUGUCCCCAGAACCAGUGAAACCGAAACCACCUGUUUGUGACAAUGGCCCCUCCAAACCUGGGUAUGUGGACUUUGAGAAUGGCCAGUGGGCCACAGAUGACAUCCCAGACGACUUGAAUAGUAUCCACACAGCCCCAGGGGAGUUUCGAGCCAUCAUGGAGAUGCCCUCCUUCUACAGUCAUGGCCUGCCACGGUGUUCACCCUACAAGAAACUGACUGAGUGCCAGCUGAAGAACCCCAUCAGCGGGCUGUUAGAAUAUGCUCAGUUCGCUAGUCAGACCUGUGAGUUCAACCUCAUAGAGCAGAGCGGACCACCCCAUGAGCCUCGAUUUAAAUUCCAAGUGGUCAUCAGUGGCCGAGAGUUUCCCCCGGCUGAAGCUGGCAGCAAGAAAGUGGCCAAGCAGGAUGCAGCCAUGAAAGCCAUGACCAUCCUGCUCGAGGAAGCGAAAGCCAAGGACAGUGGCAGACCCGAAGAGUCCUACUACUCUUCCCUCGAGAAAGAGGCAGAGAAGGUAGGUGUCCGCCCUCGGCGAGGGUGUCCGUUCCUUUCCUGUCGGUCAACUGACGCUGUGUCUCAGAAAAGCGGCAAGCAGAUGGCCGCCGAGGAAGCCAUGAAGGCCCUGCACGAGGAGGCCACCAACUCGGCACCUUCCGAUAACCAGUCCGGAGGUACCAGCACGGAGUCAUUUGAUAACUUGGAGUCGAUGAUGCCCAACAAGGUUAGGAAGAUCGGCGAGCUCGUCAGAUACCUGAACACCAACCCGGUGGGCGGCCUGCUGGAGUACGCCCUCCACGGCUUCGCUGCCGAGUUCAAGCUGGUUGACCAGUCCGGACCUCCUCACGAGCCCAAGUUUGUUUACCAAGCAAAAGUUGGGGGUCGCUGGUUCCCAGCCGUCUGCGCGCACAGCAAGAAACAAGGCAAGCAGGAGGCAGCGGACGCCGCCCUCCGCGUCCUGAUUGGGGAGAACGAGAAGGCAGAGCGCAUGGGUUUCACAGAGCUCCCUCUCACCGGCAGCACCUUCCACGACCAGAUAGCCAUGCUGAGCCACCGGUGCUUCAACGCGCUCACCAACAGCUUCCAGCCCUCCUUGCUGGGCCGCAAGAUCCUGGCUGCCAUCAUCAUGAAGAAGGACUCCAAGGACCUGGGAGUGGUGGUCAGCCUGGGGACAGGCAAUCGCUGUGUGAAAGGCGACUCCCUGAGCCUGAAGGGCGAGACCGUCAACGACUGCCACGCGGAGAUCAUCUCCCGCAGGGGCUUCGUCAGGUUUCUCUACAGCGAGCUGAUGAAGUACAACCCCCAGACGGCUAAGGACAGCAUAUUUGAGCUCGCGAAGGGAGGGAAAAGGCUGCAGAUCAAGAAGACCGUGUCGUUCCACCUCUACAUCAGCACGGCCCCGUGUGGGGAUGGUGCGCUCUUUGACAAGUCCUGCAGCGACCGCGCGGUGGAGAGCACAGACCGCCACUACCCCGUCUUCGAGAACCCCAAGCAAGGCAAGCUCCGCACCAAGGUGGAGAACGGGGAAGGCACGAUCCCCGUGGAGUCCAGUGACAUUGUGCCCACGUGGGACGGCAUCCGGCUCGGGGAGAGACUCCGCACCAUGUCCUGCAGUGACAAGAUCCUCCGCUGGAACGUGCUCGGCCUGCAAGGGGCACUGUUGACCCACUUCCUGCAGCCCGUGUACCUCAAGUCAGUCACACUGGGUUACCUCUUCAGCCAAGGGCAUCUGACUCGUGCCAUUUGCUGUCGUGUGACGAGAGAUGGGAGUGCGUUUGAGAAUGGACUGCGCUAUCCCUUUGUUGUCAACCACCCCAAGGUUGGCCGGGUCAGCGUCUAUGAUUCCAAAAGGCAGUCCGGGAAGACCAAGGAGACGAGCGUCAACUGGUGUCUGGCUGACGGCUACGACCUGGAGAUCCUGGACGGCACCAGGGGCACCGUGGACGGGCCACGGAAUGAACUGUCCCGGGUCUCCAAAAAGAACAUUUUCCUCCUAUUUAAGAAGCUCUGCUCCUUCCGGGGCCGCAGGGAUCUACUUAAACUCUCCUAUGGUGAGGCCAAGCGAGCUGCCCGUGAAUACGAGAUAGCCAAGAACCACUUCAAAAAAGGCCUGAAGGACAUGGGCUAUGGGAACUGGAUAAGCAAACCUCAGGAGGAAAAGAAUUUCCACCUCUGCCCAGUAUAGUGUGACUCGGGCCUGGCGGGUGGCGGGCGUGUCACUGGGGCGAGAGGCAGGUCGUAGCAUUCCUCAUGUUAGUCAAGGGUUUUGUUUUUUUUAAUUUUUCUUUUAUUUUCUCCUUUUUUUUUCUUUUUUUUUUUUUAAUGGAACCACAAUUGGUGAUACUGAGACCUCGGGGUUCCUAUUUAUCCUGCUUUCUUUGGGAAUACCAGCCAGGUCUCACCAGGCCCCUUCUCUUUUCCCAAGCAAAGAGGUAGAGACGUGAGGGGAGAGAAAAGGGGUCUCUCUCCUUCAACCAGCGCGGAAGCCGUCACUGAGCACCCGCAGCCCGUUUCCUCACCAGUUCUGUUUGGGGGUUUCCAUUUCCUGCCCCUCAGUGUGCUACCCUGGCCUCUUGAGGUCUUGAUUAGGUUCCAGUCAACUCUGUGAGUCACAUCAGGAACUGAUUUCAUUUGCGGAUUCUGCAAGCCCCUCCGCCCCGUCGAGAUUCCUUCCUGUGGUCAAGUUUCUCAUUUCCCUCCAAGAGGGUAAAGAGGAGACAGCCCUACAAGCAGGAGGAGAGCCCUGCGGCCCCGGAAGGAGCAGAGCUUCUUAGAGCCCGCUGAGGGAGGUGCAGCCCAGGUGCCCCUGCAGCUAGCAGACCAUUUCCCAGGGAGCUCAGGCAGGCCCGGGGAGCAGGCAAGCUCCCAGCUGCCCCUCCCACAGCAUUCCUAGGAAUGUGCCUGCAGUGGGGGUGAGGGCCUCAGGGCAGAUUGCCUCUGGACUCAGCAGGAAUAAGGCAGAAAGGGACGAGGUCACAGCACUCUUCCACCCGCAGGUCUCCCUUGACAGCCACACCCAGGGAAGCUCAUGGAGCCGCGGGUGACUUAGGAGUCUGUAAAAGAACGCCGUAAGAGUCGGGUCCUAACUGCUACAGAUAACCUGCAGUUGCACAGAUUUAGAUUCAGAUGUAAUUUUUCAAGUGCUUUUGUUUUGCCGGAGAGCUUCAGAAGGUCGUUGGGAGCAGGUCACAGGGGUCUUUAGGGACGGACACAGGACUGCAGCUGUAGAUGGAGGGCAGGUUGUCUGCAGAUCCCGUGAGGUGGAGCCCCGGGUCUACACCUCAAGCUAAUGGCGCCUGUGGUCAGAGCCGUCGGCCUCCCUCUGGGCCGUGUCAGGCGGAUGUACCUGCUCCGGAAAAGCACAGAGGCCCUGCCACUCAGCCCGGAGCCGGCUCUUCCUCUAGAGCAAGCCUGUCAGACGCGUGUUUGAGGCAUGCGGCCCAUUGGCCACGAGUUUGACAGGCUUGCUCUAGAGGGUCCCUCCAUCUUUACCUGUGAACAUGCUGAGCCAGCAGCUCACACACCUUUCACCCUCCCUCGCCCCGCACUACUGACUAGUGAACGCCCAUCGGUCCCACCUCUUCAGCAAUGGAUACAUCCACAUUCACACUUUCCUGUGGCUACUGUCCCCCAAGAUUGACCAAAUGCGAAAACCCAAGUUUCAUGAUGCACUAAGGACGUCUCCAUGGGAGCUGGCAGGGGAGCAGUGCUGUCCUCUGGAGGGAGGCGCCUGCCCGCCCUGGCCCUGUGACAACUGAAGGCACAGGGGCCAGUCCUGCCUCGGAGGCAGCCGACCUGGUUCUUGAGGCUGGGGGGGUGGCGCCCACUGUGCCUCUGAACCUGGGCCCCGGGGCCUCCUGCAGAGCACGGGGCUCUCCAGAGACCAGAGCCCCCUCACCCCGGCUCUCGUCUGGCAGCCAGCCGUGCGGUGUUUGGCUUCUGCUGUAGGAAGAGAGCCAGGCACCUGCCCCCCGUGUCUGCUGGAAACAGCCCUGUGUCAGCCCUGCACGGCCGCACCCCGUGCCCCUCGGGGUCACAGGAGGCAGAGCCUGCCUGGAGUGUUCUCACCUUCUGUCCAAUCUUUGUUUCUAAUAAGCAGGACCCCCUUCUCCCUCCCCCUUUUUUUAAAAAUGACUUUGUAGUUGAUUUGUCUGAACCGUGGCUUGUGUGCGUUCCUGGAAUAAUCACUUGUAAAAACUGCCGCCGCUUGACACCGUUUCCCUUACUCCCUGGGAAGAGACUGUUGGGUUUUGGGGUCGAAACAGUGACUCCAGGAGCAGAGGGGGCACAGCCCGAGCCUGGACUUGGUGCCACAGGCUGCAGUUUUUAAAUUCCGCUCUUAUGUGUCUCCCUGAUACGUGACUAACAUUAUACAUUCCUUCUAAAGAAAUAAAUAAUCUGAAUUGGUAGAAAA